AUGACCUCCUUUUUUCUGCUUCCCCUUUUUUGGCCCUCUUGGAAAGGGUUGGCUCGUGAGAUCCGGACUUGAUACCGUACCAUCGUGUACCUCCUCCCUUCCUUCACUUGAAGAAUCGGACCUCCCGAAGGAAUAAUUUCCACUCAAUUCUUCAUUCCGCAUUCCCCUCGCUUUGUUGGUGACGAGAUAGAUAUCCAUAUCGCGGUCCAAGGAGAGAAAAGAGUCCUCAUUCGGAACGAGAGGAUUGCGGCUGCUACUAAACCUGGUCCAAGGCAGUAUUGAUAUUGAUAUCCAGCCUGACCCGGCCGUCAACCAUACCACAACAACCCCUACCAAAAGCCUCAUAUCGUCCUGGAAUCUGGUAGUUGGCACCCUUCCAACUUAGUCAAUAUCGUACCGGAACCUUCCACUUCUAGCGUUCGAGAAAUAGAAGUCUCCCUUUUACCCCAAUCCAGCCACUUCCUCCUCGACGUCAGCCCAAUCUCUGCUAAUAUCAGACGCCACUGCUGGAUAUUCUUUGCACCACUACGCCUCGCGUUGCAGAUACAAACAGCCGCGAUCAGGUCAAUCGGUUCACCCAAUCAUAAUAAGCUUAAACAGAUAUUCGCCGACGGCAGUCUUCGACCAGAACCACCAAGCAACGAACUACUUAGACUGAGUUGAGUUGUUCUACCGCAGCUGCAUCCGCGCUUUGCCCUGUGCAGCACAAGUGCCCACUGCCCACCUCACGCCUUCCCCCUAUUAUUGCCUUUGCAGGACCUCAAACUUCGCUAAGCCGAAAGGAAAUUACACGCUCAAGGGGCCAGGGAGUAGGGAGGAGAGGAGAGAAGAGAAGAGAAGGGAAGACGUCGACCAAGCACUUUUGACUGGUCUGUACCUACUACUGGACUGGACUGGACUGGACUACUGGACAAUAAUAUCGUACUCGAGCAAUUCGAUCUCACUUCCAUCCUCCAACCUGCGAUUCCGAGCAUCAACAAUCCCUCGUCGUCCUCCUCGUCCGCCGCCGCCGCAAUUGUUGCCCAGCCGCCCCGUCUCCUCGCGAUACCGAUAACACACCACACCACAACACGCCCAGGUCAGGCUUCUACUGCUGGACGCCAGGCCAACAGCAGUCAAGACAUUGAACUGUAGCGCAAAAACACGACCCAGCACUGGCCCCGUUUCGCCGUAUUCAGUACUGCGCUGCACUGCACUGCACUGCACGGCACCCGCGUUGUGUAUUUUUUGGGCGACCGACCGACCGCUUGCGACUUGACCUCAUCAACAACCUCCCUCAUCCUCCUCCUCCUCCUCCUCCGCCUCCACCACUCCCGAUCUAUCAGGGCUCCAGCGGCUGCUGUCAAGAGACCACGCCCUCAGCACCGCACAAUGGUAGCUGGCCCAUCUCAUUGGCGAUAGAGGCGACACACUCGCUAUCACAAGCUCACAGGAAACCGGAUUGGACCUCGACCUCCUUUUCGACCUGGAUCUGCAGCACCAGAGCAAGGUCUGCCGACGACAAAAAAUAAGGUGAUCAAGACAUCACCACCUACAAUCCCGUGCGCAUCGGAGCAGACAGACAAUGUCUUCCGCCGCUCUUCAAGCUGCACCGCAUCAGCCAACGUCAGUCGGAUCACAUUCUCCAGUCGCUGCGACCUCGAGCAGGCCCUACACUGCGGGCUCAUCCCAAUCUCGAGACGGAUAUUAUAACCAAGCCCAGACAAACGCGUCUCCUUCCUCUACACGUCGACCCUCGAGAAGACCAAGUGGAAAUAGCAAUGGCGCAUCUGCAAACAAUUCUACAUCCCAGCAACACUACUCACCACCUGGAGGAAACCCGAAUUCGGCUUCGAUGACCUCCCGGGGUCCAUCGUCGAAUCACCUAUCUUCGGGAGAGGUGACCGCUACUUCUGGAUACCCUACCAUGUCUCCAGGUGAUCAUCAGCGUGGUGUUCCGCCAGUUGUCUCAGCACGAACAUCGUCGAAUCGAUCGGCUGCACAAGCAGCUGCAGUUACAGCAGAUCGAACAAGGAGGACUGCACACGCGAAUGAAUCCUCGAAUUCACCCCGUCAAGCUAUAACGGGCGACGGCCAGGAGCGGGUGGACACACAAAGGAGUAAUGGGAACAGACAAGUGAAUGGGGAGGACCCAGCCGUCGCGGCCGCUAACGCUGCUACGAGGAGACGAAGAGCUCAGCAGUCUCCGCCAGAGAGUAUACCACACAGCUCUAGUGGGAGCAGGGAGCCAAGAUCGUCACAAUCGGCGACUGCUGUUCAGCGACAAGCUAUGGCAGCAGCUACUGCACAAUCGCCCAGUGGACCUUCGAGGGAAGCCAGCGCAGUUUUAAAUAGAGUCAUUGUCAGCAAACCCGAGGUAGAUAUAGAUCGAGAGCGGGAACGGAUGGCAGAGGCAAUCCCAUCAUCUCCAGGAGCUACACAUUCUACACCCGGCGGAUUGAGCGUUGUCGGAAAUGAGGGUGUUGACGAUCAAGCUCGAGGGACCCGGAGUCGACAUGAUCACAGCACAAGCAAAAGGGAGAAGAAUACCAAAUUUGGCGACUACUACUUGGGCAAUACCCUUGGAGAAGGAGAAUUUGGCAAGGUCAAGAUGGGUUGGAAGCAAGAAGGUGGUGUACAGGUUGCGAUCAAACUUAUCCGUCGAGACAGUGUUGGAACGAAUCCUACCAGACUGGCAAAGAUCUACCGAGAGAUUGCUAUCCUUCGAGAAAUAUCCCACCCAAACAUCGUACGACUACAUGAAAUGGUUGAGACUGAAAAGCAGAUUGGUAUAAUUCUCGAGUAUGCUUCUGGAGGAGAGCUUUUCGACUAUAUCUUGAACCACCGGUAUUUGAAGGACAAUGCUGCCCGACGGCUGUUUGCACAACUGGUUUCUGGUGUUGGAUACCUGCACAAGAAAGGCAUUGUCCACAGAGACUUGAAGCUGGAGAACUUGCUCCUGGACAGGAACCGCAACAUCAUCAUCACCGACUUCGGUUUCGCCAAUACCUUCAACCCAGAUGACGAGCUUGGAGACGAGAUCGAGUACAACCUGUCAAGCAGAGACUUUGUCAAGCGAAUGGAAUUGGACAAAGUCCUUCCUGGAGGACACCGCAGAGGUGAUCUUAUGCAGACAAGUUGUGGAAGUCCUUGUUAUGCGGCUCCAGAACUGGUUGUCAGUGACUCGCUCUACACUGGUCGCAAGGUCGAUGUUUGGAGUUGCGGUGUGAUCUUGUAUGCAAUGCUUGCAGGCUACCUUCCCUUUGACGACGAUCCAGCAAACCCUGAAGGCGACAACAUUAACCUUCUCUAUAAAUACAUUGUUUCAACCCCUCUUACCUUCCCCGAAUACGUCACACCUCACGCUCGAGACCUUCUACGCCGCAUACUUGUGCCUGAUCCAAGAAAGAGAGCAGACUUAUUUGAAGUUGCGAGGCAUAGUUGGUUGAGCGAAUACUCCCAUGUUGUGGGCUUCAUUACCAGCACUACAACCACCACAGAGCAGAUUGGAACAACCACAGUUGGAAGUGAUGAACAGCAAGAUGCACCACUGCUGAACAGGAGCGCAUCUGUCAGGGAACCCUCGAAGACACAGAAGUCGCCAGCAGCCGUUGGGGAUCUGUCAAGGAAGCAUGGUAAUGUGGAUCCGGACGAGCCAGAGGCGUAUCCCAAGCCCUCGAAAGACAACAAGAGGAGAACUGUUCAGGUGGAAUAUGUGGCGCCCAAAUCACAAACCCAACGUGGCGAACCAUCUGCCGCAGCACCACCAUCAGUUUCAAGAACAAGGGCUCGUGCUGGAAGUCAAGGGCCUGUGGAGGUUCAACCGAUUCAGCAGUCGAGAAGAGCUGUUUCUACCGAGAAGCCCUUGCCGCAGGAUCCUCCUUCUCGCGAACAAUAUGCAAACCAAGGCAGACGGGGAUCGAAUUCAUCUCGCCAGCAAGCUCAUGCGGCCCCUCCCGUAUCUAUCGCAAGGCCGAAUACUGGUGGCUCGAUGACAUCUUCAGGAAGCAGACCCGGAUCAUUGGCUCUCAGAGAUCGUGGAUCCUAUAGUCAACCAGCCGCUCCAACUGUCGCGGGAACGAAUGCUCAAGGUCGUAUGUCACAACCGAAGAAUACCAAGCACUACAAUAUCUCUGCGCCGAUGAUGGAGGGUGAUCAAGACUAUGGAAGACCAAGUGCUAACCAGAUACCAGCAAAAUUUGCCAAGGUGGCAGGUUUAAAUGAGGGAUCAGUUACUUCACAGGAUUCCAAGGGACACAAGAGAUCGAAUACAAUUGGAGGCAUUUUCAGCAGGACGAACUCGAUAUUCGGUGGAAAGCGAGACCAAUCAGAGAAAGCAGAGAAGCCAAAGAAGUCUUACCCACCGGUAAGCAUGUCUGGCACUGUGGGACAAGGACAGCAGGAUACCCCAAGGCAGUCGAUGGACUCUCGACGUUCGAUAUCUUUCGGAUUCGGCAAGAAGCGAAGUGGUAGCAUCAGUGGGUCACAGACAACAACUCUACAAGACAAGCCAAGGCGGUUCUCACUUCUCCCAGCGUCCUUCUCAUUGAAGUCAAUUGGGAUUGGAAAGGAUUAUGGUACCCCUGGAGCUCCUCCCGAUGACCAAUACGAUGAUCGUCCAGACAGCCGUGGAAACUAUCUUGAUCCUCCGCAGACGAGCAGGACUACCGAUAGUCGGAACAUUUCUGGAGCUACAGCAACCCAAUACACUUCCGAUGGUGCUUAUGACCGCGGUGAUAGCCCAAUGGACCGCAGGGGUACUAGCACUUCAAGUCCAGCCCAAAAGCGAUACACCUCCCAAGGAGUCUCCGAUCCUCGAACUGGCGCCGCUCCACAAUUCCUCCCACCGAUGAACUUCCGACAGGGCGAAUCUGCACUCAACACCGAGUCCGAAUCCUCCCUCAACGAGACCGUACAAAGAAGAGGCGUCUACCCACCCGGCUUCAACUCAUACGAUGAUGGAGCAGGGCGAAGACAGACACCACAAUCCUCUCAAGGCCAAGGGUCAAGACCUGCGCGUGGUGUCCUACAGAAGAAUAAUCGCAAGUUCGCCGAUGCGUACGAGCAGGAGCAGAAUAACGGAUAUGGACCUACGCACUCAGACCAUGCGGGGAGCAGUGGUGCCGCGAGAAAAGUCAUGGAUUUCUUCAGGAGAAGAGGAAGGGAUCGUGGACAGUAGUCUUCCAGCUCGCUGAGAAUAUGAAACGCUUAUCAAUACCUGGGUGUCUAAAAUGGGAGAUGUGGUGGCAUAUGUGAGGAGUUUUACCGUUUGAGCGGUUGUUGGAUUGGAUCGCAUUGAAUCCUAAAUCCUCUGAAGAAUAUCCUUCGUAUGGAGAUUAAGUCCGUCCUCGAAUAGUGUAGGAUGGAAGGGAGUGGAGUGGAGGAGUUUAAUACGAUGUGGGGCCGGGGGGUUUUGCAUGGGAGGAGGGCGAAAAUAGCAAAGAGGGUAAUUAAUGGUUGGUAGGGAGAAUUACUUGAUUCGAGCGUGUGUGUGUGUGUGUGUGUGUGUGUGUGUGUGUGUGUGUUUUUUACUUUUGUCUGCUUGGUGCUCUCUUUUUUUUAUUUUGGAGACUGGAUGCAUGGAUGUAGGGAUGGAGAUUGUUUGUCCUGCAGAACGGAAAUGGCGGAAAGAUGGAAGGAUGGAUGCGUACUUGCCUGCCUACACGCUGUAGUAGGCAGGGUGGAUGGAUGGAUGGAUGGAGGGAUGGAUAUGUUUUGGAGUGGGGUGUACUUGCGCUGUGUGAGGGAGGGAGGUUGUGUACGGGGGGUUACUUCCAUGCAUCUUAUCUACCUAUCUACCUGGUGGAAUGCAGUGGAGUGGAUUGGCAGUGGAAUGCGGUGGACUGGUAGUGGAGUGGAGUUGGGUCGGGUCGGGCUUUUGUUUGUUGCAGUCUGCUCUGGUGUGGUCUGGACUGGUCUGGUCUGGUUUUUGGUCUGGAUGGUGUUGGUGCUGGACUGGGUUUAUUGAAUGUUUAAGAACCUUAAGUAAAGUCUAUUAUACUGAACUCUCGUUUUUUUUUUGUCUUCCUCUUUCUUUUGUCUCUGUGUGUUGGGGUGUGUGUGUGUGUGUGGUUAUGUGUGUUUUGGAAUUGGGGGUUGGAUUUGUGAAAGAUUGAAGGGGGUGAAGUGAAGAAUAGGAAAAGUAAAGAAUGAUAGAUAAAUAGAUAUUGCGAGGACGUGAAACUGGAGGCAGGAGUAAGCAAGCUUGCUAGCAUACUGAAGUGAAGUGGAGUGUAGUGGAGUGAAGCGAAGUGAAGAGCGGAUAUUGUAAUAAAAUCAUAGGUACUCUUUUUUUUUUUUGGUAUUACAAUACACCUGUCACCUGUUACUGCCUUGUCUGUUUUCGCUUAUCUUGUGAUGUGAUGUGAUGUGAUCUGAUGUGAUGACAUGGGAUGUGAUGGGAUGGGAUUUCCUAAAUCAGUUUGUUCCGGCCCGGCAUAUAUGUAUG